AACAGAAAGGAAUAUUGCACUUUACAACGCGAUACCAAAGUGGCUAGCCGACAAUUCCUACAAGCAACCGCAAGACAAUAAGAACCUUCCAUUCAACUUAAGUAAAAACACCGACCUACACUUUUUUGAAUGGUUGUCGCAGCGACCACGGCACCAACAGGCAUUCAACGAAUACAUGUCCUUUCAGCGGGUAGGGCAAAAGAGCUGGCUCGAUGUGUUCCUACUCGAAAAGUACGUGCACGCCUCGAGCGCGGGUGUUGAGCACCGAAAGCUUUUCGUGGACGUCGGUGGUGGCUACGGGCACCAGUCUAGAGAGGUUAUCAGGAGAUUUCCUUGGGUGCAAGGACGUGUUGUGCUACAGGAUACACACGCGGCUGCUAUCGACUCUGCCAAGGGUAUCGAAGGCUUGGAGGUCGUUCAUCAUGACUUCAAUAAGGUGCAACCAGUCAAGGGCGCGUGCGUUUACUACCUGCGCAACAUCUUGCAUGACUGGCCCGAUCAAGUCUGUCUUAACAUCCUGUCACAACUGAAGGAUGCACUGGCUCCUGACUCGGUCAUCCUGCUUGACGAGCUCACCCUUGGGGACGAGAGCACACACUGGUACGGAGCCUCGUUUGAUCUACUGAUGAUGGCCAAUUACGGGGCGCGAGAGAGGUCACUGGCGGAGUGGGAUCGCAUUCUCGAGAAGGUUGGGCUGGAACGGAAAACGUUUGUGCCGUACAGCAUGCAUGGAGAUGGCAUCCAGGUAGUUGGUGCUCGAGCAACGGUUCACGAAAGGUUGUAAGUGUGUUUGUUUUCGCUUUUUGUCUUCGGCGCACAGGAGCAGCGUAUGAUAUAUUGCUCUUUCUAGAGCUCUUAAAUUGUAAAUUUGUUGACUGCCACGAAUGUCUCUUGCUGGAGUUCUGGUGUUUCCUGGCCAAAGCUUCCUUUCAUUGAUUGGCCUAAUCGGCUUCACAUGUGGAUUUUCAUUCCGAAAACACAACUGCCGCUCUCGAAAGUUCUCGUAUCCUAACUACCGGUUGGCACCAUCGGCGGAUUGCCUCGUAAUUUUCUUCGACGUUGAA